CCUGAGCCAGCGUUACCUAACUUUUGCACAAACACGCAGUUCCCACAAGCAUCAACUUCAAACAGCUCUGGCUUUCUGUCUGAUCACAUCUCUGUUGAGGGGAGCAGAGGCAAAGAGCUACUACUGAGGCGUUCUGCAACUCUGCAAGGCUCUGAAUUGCCAAGAUGCUUCUGCUUCUUUCUCUGGUCACUGGGCUUGCCCUGUCUGCCUCUGGUGUCACGACAGCCAAAGAAACCGAUCCAAGCCAAGAGUCAUUUCAUGACAUACAGAAAAAAGUGAACGACCUCUGGCAGAAUUUGCUCCACCCGGUAAUGCCUGGUAAUGAGACUGAUGGGAUGAUUUAUGCCACUUGUGAAAUGAAACCCAGCUCCAAAAUAGAUGCUGACAAGCCACAAGUGACUGGACAAGUCUUAUUCAGACAGCAUUACUCACAUGGAAGAUUAGAAGCCAUUUUUUACUUGGAUGGGUUUCCGUUGGAUAAUAAUCAAUCUGGUAGAGCUAUACACAUCCAUGAGCUUGGGGAUCUCAGCAACGGCUGUGAUUCUACAGGAGGACAUUAUAACCCUUUCGGUGUGAAUCACCCCCGUCACCCAGGGGAUUUUGGCAACUUUUUUCCUAAAGAAGGCAAAAUCAGAAAAUACAAAACAAAUCUCUUUGCCACUAUGUUUGGCCCAUAUUCCAUCAUGGGCAGAUCUGUUGUGAUCCAUGAGCAGGAAGACGACAUGGGCAAGGGCAACAAUAAGGCCAGUUUGGAAAAUGGAAAUGCUGGGAAACGUCUGGCUUGCUGCGUGAUUGGGAUAUGCAACAAGAACUUGUGGGAAGAGAAACUGUCUGAGGUUACAGACAAGAAGAAGAGAGGGCUCAACAAACGAACAUAGAACCAGGCUUAUGUGAAGAUCAACAAGCUGGUUACAGCCUGGGCAGCACAAAGUACCUUAGGCUGUGCCACUGGCCACUAAGAUACACGGCUAAAGGAUUCCCAUUUCCAUUUGCUUGCUCCUCUCAGAAAUGCGUAUCACUUUGUAGAGUCUCCUUUCUGUAAGCCCAUCAAUAAAAACAGCAUCAACUCAA